GGCUUGAAGGCAACAGGUGCACGAUCGAACACAAUGAAGCUUGAUAACAAUGCUGAAAUGAACAGUGUCGAUACGGCUGGAGUGGAGGACCUGAUGGACACUAUCGAGGAAGUUAAACCUUGCUGGACCAAACCAAGUCCAAAAAAUCAGCCAUCUAAUGGUUUUGUUACAUUCUCCUUGACUAUGGGCCCUGAAUAUCACAUCUCACGGAUCACAGAUGCUGUGGUUGUUGCGAGGUAUCUAGGUGCAACAUUUGUACUCCUAGACAUCAGAGGAAAUGAAUUAGGAAAUAAGCGAAAAUUCUAAGACAUGUACAAUGUGGAUAAAUUCGUGAGGAGCCUAGAUGGUGUUGUCGAAGUAAUAGAUGACAUACCUGAUGAAGUGAGUGCUAAAAAGCCAGCAGUUAUCAGGGUACCAAACCGUGUG